AUGAUACAAUCAGAGGCCUGGCAGCGUCUGCCUCCCCUAGAAACCCCCUUUCACCUCGCCUCGCCGCCCUCAGAUUCCGGAGUGGGCGGCUGCGAGGGAGACCACGUGAGCAUCGAGGAGCCUGAGCUGGCGGAGAGGGGCGGGCGGUGGUGCGGAGAAGGGUCGGGUCUCAACGUGUACUACAGCGAGACGGACACGGUAUCUGUGACGCUGCAGGCUGCCUCCACCACGCAGGGCGAGUACUUCGACAACCCACUCAAGUUUAAGAUCAGAUACAAGUUCCUGCCCCGGGAGCGUGCGGUGGUGCGUUACGGCCGUGGAGGCGCUGCCAAGUACCGCGGAGAAGCCGUACGGAACACCGUGUGCAGUCGAGUGUUCCAGGGAUGUAGGGCUCGACAGUGCCGCUUGCAGUCCCCCAAUUUCCCGGGCCUCUACCCGCGCAACGUCACCUGUUAUUACCUGGUAAAGGCUCUGCCGCCCCCCGCAAGCGGCUUCACGCCCGUCAUCACCCUCCGACAAGACAACGACCGACUGGUGCAGGUGGGGCGUCAGGGUCCUGUGGGCCGAGUCUCCCCCGAAUCCCGGCUCCUGCAGGACAACGAGUGCCGCGGUCCAGAGGACUUCCUGCUAGUUUACGACGGAGGCUCCAUGAAGGCGCCGCUGCUAGCCAAGCUCUGCGGCACCGCCACCGUUCCUAACAUCACUUCGAGUGGACCCGAAGUGCUGGUGGUGUUUCAGACUGCCACGUCUGGCAGGAUGAACCAUCUUCCCAACCUCGUCACUGGCUUUGAGCUAGAGGCUCAUGUGCUUUACAUAAAUCAGGAAGCUUCUAAUGUAAAUGGCCUGCAGUGUAAACAAACUAUCAAAAGCUUUGGGGGAACCAAUGGCAUCGUCGCAAGUCCUGUGUUCGCCGUUCCGCCAAACGCGUCUUGCUCAUAUCAGUUCGAGGGGAGGAGAGGGGAGGUGGUAUGGAUAUACUUUACUAAGUAUCACAAAGCAAGGAAGAAGCAGGGCAUGAUGGGGCAUCAUCCCUGCAGGAACCGCCUCGCCAUUUUCGACGGAAAGCCAUUCACCGGCACGCCACCAGAUGCCUCAGAAUUAAUGGCAAAUUACUGCGACGAACAGCUGCCACCGAUAUGCGUGCGGUCGAGGCAGAAAGGAACGGUGAGCCAGCCGUGCACGCUGAAGGAAAGCUUCCUUUCGACGGGCACUAAUCUUGCUGUCACUCAAGACUUCACAGACGGGACAAGUCUACUGCCACUGGAUUACUCCAUCUACUACGAGUUUGUAACAGUCUCUUUGGAGGGGAUAGAACCUGACACUGAUUGUGACAUCGAGUUCAGUAGUUCUCAGGCCAGAUCGGGACACUUCAACUCGCCGAAGAAUGUGUUCUUAUACGGCCGCGGUGGCAAAUCAUCCCUGUCCUGCAAAUACACUUUUAAAACCGUAAAAGGGGAGGCAAUAAAGUUGAGACUCACAAGCGUAGGUUUCCGGGGUAAUAUGUGUAAAACAGUCUACAAUUUCCAGACCAAUCUCUAUGACUGCAUUGCGCGACUACCAGGCUCGGCGACGCUGGAGGUCUGGGAGGAGCCGUGGAGGCAGACGCGCCUUCCCCUCGGCUGCGUGUGCGACGGUGGCCUCGCACCCGCCUCGUUCGUGAGCCACACGCGGCUCCUCCAACUGGAUUUCACCAUCAAGGAGAUGAGCUGGAGCCAGGAUUUUAACGACUUCUACUUCGAUGCUGAGUACGAGUUCAUCAAAACAAAGGGAUGUGACGAACAAAAGAUCCUUAACGGCUCGACAGGUUCGAUUUUGAUCGGGAGCAAGAAAGAGCUAGAAGAAAGUGGGGAAGAAGACAUCAAUGAAAAGUGUAACGAUUAUCCCUGGAGAAUAAAUGCAAGAGACAAUAGUCAUCUUUACCUGAACAUUCCGGGUUACCACGCGUCCAGCCAGCGCUGCUCCACGAGGAAUAGAGUAGUUGUCUUCGGAAGCCACACGGCACGGCCACUGCGAUCUGCCUGCCCCGAGCCCAAUGUGGCCGACAGUGUGGAUAUUUUUUCUUCAGGUUGGACCACGCAGCUGGACAUGCUGGAGCCCCUCCCGGAGAGCUUGAUAGUGCGUUACCUUGGCCGAGAGCCCGGCGUCUACAAGCUCACCUGGCUGGAGGUGCGGCGGGAGCCCCGUCCCUCGGCGCUGGAAUCCCUGAAGGGCGGCGCGGGCCGGCGGCACAUCACCGGCGCCACGUGCGGCCACCAGUGCCCCGAGUUGGACGCGUGCAUCAGCCCCGAGCUUUGGUGCGACGGCGUGAAGCACUGCCCCUCCGGCGCCGACGAGCUCCGUUCCACCUGCCUCUAUUUCACAAUCCCGUGGCUGUACCUGAUCCUGGGCGCCGUCGGUAUACUGCUGGCACUGCUCGUGUUUGCUUCUGCCCUGGUGGCCGUCCGGGUGUACCAGCGCGGAAAGGUCAAGAGGAAGAAGAAGAAGGAGGCCCAGAGACUCAUGACCCGGGAGGUCAUUCUCCCCAUGAACUUCCACAAGGAAAACAUUUACUGAUACCGGGAUGUCGGUCUGACCCGCCGGCAUCAGGAAACGACCUUCCCUCAGCUCCUCUCCUCCUGAGUGUCUGCUCCUUUAUUACCCGCCUUGUCCUGGAUCCUUUUUAUAUACAUUUUUUUAGCUGCUUGACGAGACACUCAGAAAAAUCCAGGUUUUACUAUCUACUCUGUAAAUAUUUGCAUUUUUGUCUACGGGCGAUAUCUAUCAGCUAGAUGAAGACUUCAAUGACCUCAUGUAGUGUUUUAUAACCAUAUGUGCGUCUUAUUUCUACCCGGCAGGAGUCGCCAUGCCUUACAUAGAGAGGUCCGCCUUCUCUUUGCUGACGACAUAAUGUUCAUUGGUCUGACAACCUCACCACGCCCCUUCGAAGAAACUCCUGGUUGCCAUUGUUUUUUUGUGUGACAUUUGACCUUAUUGUCACCCAAACCUUUGUUUUCCCCAAAUCCCUUUUCCAGUAGAAACUCUGCUCCUUGCGGACUGACGAAAUUGAGAACUGUAUUCAAGUAAAACUGAAAAGCGAAAGACAAAAUGGUAAAAAAGAAAAAUAAAUCGAAGAUAAUAAUAAAACAGAUGUGGUGCCUCGUAUAGUGAACCAGUGAACUUUCCCGCAUCCUUCUAGUGAACCCAAUGAGCCUCCCAGCACCCAACCUGCGAAUAAGUGAACCUCCCUCGACCUUGGACCUGGUAAUAAAAGCAGACAUACAUACUACCGCUCAUUAUCGUGACUUCCAUAAAUUGCCAAAAUUCCUGAAAUAUUUGGAGGCACAGUUUCCCCUCUGCUUACAUUUCUUAACGAAGUAAAAUCCCACUUAGAGAAUUAGACAUUUAAAAUUAACGUAAUCUCAAGACUUUUUUUAAUCUAUGGAAGUGAAUGUAUCGGUAAGAAAGAAUAAUCAUAAGAUAAGUGGUUUGCCAAUGUGUGUAUGUGAGUAAGUGAUUAGAAAUUUGAAUAAUUAGAAAGUGAGAGUGAAAAAAAGUGGUAAUGGGCGCUAGUUCCUUACCUUAAUAUGCCCAGGACGAAAAUAAAUGUUUUGGCUGUAGAGAAGGAAAAAAAACAGAUCGAAAUUCGGUGUUAAGUCAAAGACAUUAUUUCAUUCUUUAAUACACCAAAACUUCCUAGAUAAGUAGACUUGAUUUGGAACAAAAGAUAUGUACAGUCGUAUCUAAUACGAUCCAAACUUCGAAAUUCCAAACACAGAUUUUUAUUGUUUAAACAAACAAGCAGAACCAAGAUCCGAACUUCAAAAUUCCAAAGAUUUUUUAUCUUAUUUUUUCUACAACAGGAGAGACAAACAGGCAGAGCCAAAGAUGUUCUUGAGCCACAUGAUGCCAGCACAUCCUCCCCGUCUUCAAGAUGUGGCAGAGAGGCAAGACGCGGAUAAUUGUGAUACGAAACUCCUUCGUCACUUAGAGAAUCACGUGUUUUAAGCACCGGGAAAGACGUUAAAACAGUUAUCCCUCUUUUUUAAGUUCUAGAAUAAAUUAUUUACAAAAAAGAAGCACAAAAAAAAA